CUAUGGUCUAUGGUCGAAAAAUGAAGAAACCUAACCACACUUUUAACGAUGUUUAAUUAACAUUUAUAUCAAUUAUCUCAAUAGAUAAACUCUAAAAUGAAUCGAACGUAGGUAUCAAAAAUAUAAUAGUAAUCUGUGUUACACGUGCUCGUCGCGAUGUUAGAAAAAUAUAAGAAUAUAAUCUACACCAUAGCUUUCUUGGAUCUCUUUGCCGUUGGUCUCAUAACCCCUCUGUUCGGCAACCAUUUGAGAGAACUUGGAGCUUCUAACUUCGUUGUGGGGAUCAUCGCCUCUGCCUAUUCGGGUAUUCAAGUGAUUUCCGGUCCUCUGAUUGGAAGUUGGAGUGAUGUAAGGGAUCGGAAGGUGGUACUGAAGGUUACCCUGCUUUUCUGUGCUCUUGCUUAUUUAUCGUUAGGACUCUUCAGUUCUAUAUUCCUCAUAUUCCUCGUUCGUUUAUUGUUAGGUUUCAUGAAACAUACUCAGGGAUUAUGUAAAGCUAUGGUUUCGGAUCUUUUCCCGCAUGAGAGACGGGCUGAGCUUUUGAGCAGAACAGCCGUUUUGGGAACUAUUGGUUUCAAUCUGGGACCCUUGUUCGGAGGAUUCAUAUCCGAACUACCAAAUGGUUUCACCUUGGCUUGUUCACUCACUUUCCUCUUGUUUUUACUGAAUAUUUUCAUUUGUUCUCUACUGCCAAGUUUCGAGUCGACCUCCGAUAAAGAUCCACAAGCGAAAACCACAGACCUCAAACGAGAAUUACUGAAAAUAGGGACGAAUAUAAAAGAGAUAGAUUGGUCUGAAAGUUGGCACCUGUUCGCCAUGAGAUUCUUGUCCGGUAUAGCUACCGCCCUCUUCUUUUACAACCAGACGUUCUACAUGAAAGAUUUCUUCAAUUUAUCCCAAAGACAUAUAGGUUACGUUAUGUCGUUCAGUGGUGCAAUACAGACAACUACAGUGUUCUCCCUGAGCUACAUAAAUCGGAUGUUCUAUAAGGAUGAACCAGAUGGCGUUAAGUGUAUAUCACAUUUCUUUCUCCUUAUGAGUGUUGCCAGUUUUCUGUUAUGUUUUGUCAGUGAAUUCAAAUACUUUUUACUCUGUAUUAUACCUUUUGUUAUAUCUUCCUCGGUAUUAAGGAUUUCUACCACGCAAAUAGUAUUAGAGAAAUGUGGAAAAGAUAGGGUAGGGACAUAUGGAGGUGUCUCAUACAGUGUUGUCUCAGUUGCUAAGUUUAUUACUCCUACCCUAUCUGGUAUUGUAAGUGAUAGUUUGAGUAAUCAAGCAUCCAUAGUAUUAUCUUUUAUUCCAGCACUAAGCGGUGUGAUACUCACUUCAACUGUUUUGAAGUGGAAGACCAAACAGUUAUGAUUAAAUUUUAUCAGAAGUUGACUACCUAAAACAUAGUUUGUGAUAUAUUUCAGGUGAUUUAACACGUUUAAAUGUAUGUUAGUAUGUUGAUGUUCCUAUUGACAUUUGCACAUAGUUGGAGAUGAUAUUUACCUAUUUAAAUGUUCAUAUAUACUUUGUUGAAUGAA